GUCAUAACGUAGAAUCCCAUCGUUGGCUAACUUAACAAACCCACGGAAUACUCGCACGUAGCAUUUCUCAAAAGCAGUAUCACUUUGGAUCAAUUAGGACUUUUUUUUUUUAAUUUGUUACGAAAAGGUCCAAAUUUAUGUUUGUACUUUGCAUAAAUAGCCACAACAAUAGCUUCUUCCACUCUCACUACUCAGUUUUUUGAGUGCAUAAUUCAGGAACAUCAAAAUAACCGGAAAAAUGGAGCAGACCUUCAUCAUGAUCAAGCCUGAUGGUGUCCAACGUGGCCUGGUUGGCGAGAUUAUUGGAAGAUUCGAGAAAAAAGGUUUCUCUUUGAAAGGCUUGAAGCUGAUUACUGUGGAUCGCGCUUUUGCUGAAAAGCACUAUGCGGACUUGUCUGCAAAGCCAUUCUUCAAUGGUCUUGUUGAAUACAUUGUUUCUGGCCCCGUUGUUGCGAUGGUCUGGGCGGGUAAGAGUGUAGUUACUACCGGUAGGAAGAUAAUUGGCGCAACAAAUCCAUUGGAAUCUGCUGCUGGCACCAUCCGUGGUGAUUAUGCUAUUGACAUUGGGAGGAACGUUAUCCAUGGAAGUGAUUCUGUUGAGAGCGCUAAGAAGGAAAUUGCUCUUUGGUUUCCUGAAGGUGUCGCGGAGUGGCAGAGCAGCCUUCACUCUUGGAUCUAUGAGUAAAAGAUUUUACGAGUUGACUAUCAAUAGCCUGUCGAUAUGCACACAAAGUGUAUCUCAUAGCGUCACCUAUGUGUAUCAACAACCCGUCUAUCUCUAUAUAUCUUUCCAAACUGCAACUUAAGAAAUUUUGCCUGAUGUUUGAGUAGAAAUAUUGUUGUUUCAGACUUGUUUCCAUUUGCUGUUUCAACAAAACAGAGAUAUGAUAUGAGCAGAAUUACUGUAGUGAUAUUUAGUCAUUUCACUUGAA